UUAAAAAUCAAUUUUUUGUUUUGAAAAGUCUUGUACAUACUUAGUUAGAAGCAUAGACACUGGAGGGCAUUCCCGAUGUUUCCUGUUUUUUAAUAUAGUGCUUUUGACGAGGAUUAGUUUUAUAAAGUUUUCGAAGUGCAGCAAUUAAGAAAAAAACCUUCAAAUAUGGUUUCUGUGAUUGACUCUAAAUAUAUGUCGUACAAUUUUGUGAUGCCGACAUAUCAAAAAUUUGUUAGCGAUGUAUUUUCGACACUUUCAACUUCAUACAAAAAUUUAUCGUCGAGUGAUUUAACACCAAAGUCAUUGUCAAAUACGGUCAGAGAAUAUGGAAAUAUAUCACUUCGUGACAUCUUUACAUUUUUCGGAUUGGCCCUUUUAUGGACAUUGCUCCGAUAUGUAACCACUGUCUUUUUAUUAAAGCCUCUUCUCUCAAUAAAUAAACUCGGAAAAAAUGAAAGAAGAAAAGCUCCAGAAAGUUUAUGGAAAUUGCUAUUUUACUCCUCAACGUGGUGCUAUGCUGUUUACCUAUUAUUCUUCACCAAAUAUGAUUUUUUCUUCAAUCCACCUUUGACGUUUUAUGGGUGGAAGAAUGGGCAGGAUGUGCCUCAAGAUAUUUAUACAUUUUACAUGGUUCAACUAAGUUUCUAUUUUCAUUCUGUCUACGGAACAUUAUACAUGGAUGUAUGGAGGAAAGAUUCUGUCGUCAUGCUUCUUCACCAUUUUGUAACAUUGCUUCUAGUGGGAUUCUCAUAUAUCUUCAGGUUUACGAAUGUUGGAAUUUUGGUACUUUUCUUCCACGACAUCACUGAUAUUAUUUUAGAAUUCACUAAACUUGUUCUUUAUCAUAAAACUGUUGGAGGAAAGUGGACGAAAAUAUGCGACUUUAUUUCUACAAUCGGAUUUGUACUGUUCGGCACAGCUUGGUUUGUAUUUCGAUUGUAUUGGUAUCCAUUGAAAGCACUGUACGCUGCAGGACAUACAAGUGUUGUUGUUAUGGGACAAGAACCUCCGUUUUUUCUGUUCUUCAACAUUUUAUUAUGGAUUCUUCUAGGAAUGAACAUUUAUUGGUUUAAAUUCAUCGUAAUUAUGGCAUAUUACGUUGUGACGGGAAAAAGUAAUGAAGUUGAAGAUGUGAGAGAGUAUGAUGAAGACAAAGGCCCUCAGAGAUCGAGUGAUUCUGAUGGAAAUUCAAACAAGAAGAAACAAGAAAUGGGCAAUGGUGAUGCCAGCCGGAAAAACGGAUUGAUGAAGAAACACCAAUGAGUAGCAAAUCAAAGAAUACAUCGCUGAUGAACAAAUUUUAUCAUUAGAUCAAUCUAAAACCGAGGAUAAUUCAAGCAUUUUAAUUGCAUCCAUAUGCUGCUCAUGCCUGAUCGAGUAUCAUCGGCUGGAACUCUUAUUGCCAUGUAUACUUAAUUGCUAUAUUUUACUGAAGUUUGCAGAUUUGUUAUUAUUGUAUUAAACGUUAUUGCUAUUAUAGUUGCAUUGAUUUUAUUUUGAUUUUUUCUUACCAUACCUUUUCCAAUUUUCAAUAUCUUCCUUCGUAAUUGCAGUAAGAUAUGCUUCAACUAACUGAAAUUACUAUACAGUAUAUACAUGAAUUUUUUCAUGAAAUAAAGCAUUCAGCUUUAGUUGUAUUUGAUCAUAAUGUGUAUUUUAUUUUUGAAAAAUUUCCAGAUUGCUUCAUUUAUUUAUAAAUCAGUUUUGGAUAAUUUUCAAUCUGUGCUUUAUGAAAACAUAAGCAGCAAAAGUCGGAUUGAUUUUGAUUUCUCUCAGUCUGGCACCAAACUCAACUCAAAUUAGUUAAAUAGUUGUCAUAUACUUUCACACUUCUAUUUAUUGCAAUUUAUGUCUGCUACUCACUUAUUGACUUCGGAUAUCAGCGAAUGCUUUUACAGGGCCUUGUUCGAAGGAAAAUGCGUGAUAUUAAAAUUAUUUAUAUCACGAAACUAUUUUAUUCCUCAUUGCUGUAAACAUUCUCUUUAAUUAAAGACGUUUUCCAAGAACUAAAAUAUUAUUAUCAAAAAAUAGAAUAAUUAUUAUCGUCUGUACUUCUGGUUAAUUUUUCAUACAUUUUUAUUGUCAAUACUAUCGCGAGUUAAGUCAGUAUGAUGAGAUGAUCUAUGUAUCAUCUCGGAUGACAUAUUCGAUCUAUAUUCCAUAAUACAUGUUUAUUCAUCCAUAAUCAUACAAAAUUCACUCAUAUUGGAUAUAUUUUCGAAAUGCAAUAUAAUCUAUAAACAUGUCAUUAUUUACAAUCAACUUUUCAAUUUGCCCGAAUACCAAGUGAAUUGUUAUUUCGAGUCGUAAUUAUCAUUAACCCUUUACUGCCAUGAAUUCAUUCUGCAUUGUUCUUAGCAAUGCAAUAUUAUUGCAGGAAAAUCAAACUUCUGUUUUAUAUUAAUUGAAAAUUUUUUUGCCACCUUUUUUUUGACUAUGUCACAUAAAGCAGGUAUUUAUUGAUUGUAGCAUUCACAGCGCGUAUUUGGGGCAUUCCCAUCUGCUGCAAUUGCAAACUUUUGACCUGAAAUCGUAAAAACGACGAAUCGAGCAUAAUAUCACGUUUUACUAUAGUGUAAUAUGUUAUCUUACUCUGAUAACUCGUAAAACUGUUUUAUUUGCAAUAGAAAGAGUCCACACCGCUGUUUUUUAAUUUAGAUUUGUUAAUUAUUUUGCAGUUUUGAAAUUGAGAGUUCAAUAUGUUACGACUGUAUGUUCAUUUUUAGUUUUCUCAAUUUCCAUUUUUUUUUUUUUUGAUUCAUAUAUGAUAGCCUGCCACUAAGCUGUUUGCAUUGUAGUCAUUAAAUAAAAUCUGUAAUGUAUUUUGGUCCUAAAGUAAGCUUGUAAUAUAACUUUUCAAUUACUGCCAAAUUUUGAAAGUGGAAGUCUGUGAAGAUGUUUGAAACGAUUCAAAUGCAUUCAAAAUUGGGGAUACUCGAUUUUUUUUCUAUUUGAAAAUUCAACGUUGAUUUGCAAGAAUUUGAUAUCUACGGAUCAAAUUAACCUCAUUAAAAUUUUGACAUAUCUAAAUUAUAAAAUUGAACAAAAGGAGAUUGAUCUAUUGGGAAUAUAUGUUUUCGAAUGUAUUUGAAAAUAAAGUUUGGUAAUUUUUAUUAGAAGGGAGAACGAACCAUACACAUUUAAAGGUUUAGUAAUUCUAUUCCAGAUACAGGCAAAUUAAUAGAAUUCAACUCAUUGAAAUGUUAUCAUAUCCAAGAUAUACGGCUAUAUCGCCUAAUUUUUUAUUUUCAACCUAAAAUCUCAUGUUUUUCUGUUUCUUUGCAGAAAGCUUUUUAAUUUAGGGAAUUAAUUAAUAAUUCAAUUUUCACUUUCAACUGCUGUAAUAGAAACAUGGCAAUUUCAAGGGCAAUGUCCACUGUAAAUUGCAUAUAGGUAAUAUUCUCGAGUUCUUUAAUUUGAAUUGAUUUGUUAUGCAGUUUCAACCAUUGUAUGAACAUUCUGCUGAAGAUUGAGUAUUUCCUGCUUUCUGUGUUUAAAUUUUCAACUUCAGUAAAACGUUCAUAGAUUAUAAACGACUAUGAAAAUUGGUUUUAAGCUAAUGAUACCAUUUAAGUGUAAUUCCAUUGUAUUGAUCACCUGACAUUAAAUAUGUGUCAGUUUUGAUUUUUUUUCUUUUUUCGUGAUUGAAAUAUUCCCAUUUGCAUUGUAUGCAAAUUGCUAAAUAUGGCAAUUAUGAGGACCUGAUCCAUAAUCACACGUUGAUGACCUUUUUUGAUUUAAGUGUUUGUCACAAAAAACAUACAGCAAAAUUUCAGAUAAUUUUUGUUCAAAAAUAAAUUGAAAUCUCGAAUAACUGCCCGUGUUGAGUGCGAAAAUAAUUUAAAAAGAUUGAAAAUGAAAAUUUUGCUGAUUUUCGAAAAAUCUACCUUGAAUGCUUCAAUAUAAUCCCAUAUGUGUUGAAAGUUCCCUGGACAAUAGAUUAUUACUCAUAUCAUACCGCAUACUACUGAUAUCAUUUGCAAAAUUUAACCCAUUUAAUUGUCAGCACAAACACAUUUUGGAUUUUGCUAUCAGCACCGUUAAUAAUGAUCAUAAAAAUACAAUGGAAUCAGGCUUUUCUGGUGGAUGGCUUUCGUGUAUCUUGAUGAAUUAAAAAUGAUUCUGAGAUGAAACUAACUCAUUUUUCUAAUUGAUGCUUUUUUCAUUUCGCUUUAGUCUAAUUAUUGUCAAUUUUAAAUGCUGCUAGGCUAUUCUAAAUAUGAUGUAAUAAUUCUGUAAUCCAUGAAAAAGCAUGUUCUAAAAACCGCAAAGACAGAAUCUUUUAUCAAUCUUAACGUUAUUUUGCCAAAAGAUUUUUCGGAACUGUGUAGCUAUGAUGCAGUAAUUUGUAAAACAUCGCACAUUCUGAGAUGUUUUAUUUCUCAAAAGUCUUUAGUAUAGGAAUUUAAAUAUUUUUUCAAAUCCAGUACUUGCUGCAAGUUAGGGCAAUAUCUUUGUAACAAUGGAAUCGUUUCAAAGAUAAUAUACAUAACAUCCAUAUAAAUUAAUGACGAGCAUCCUAAAUAAAAUUGGUACGCCGUCAUGAAUAAUAUGAACUAAAGUAAUAGUUUGUCUGACAAUGUUUAGAUUCCUUUUUUUUUUCUGAACAUAUAAUUAUUGCAUAACUUGCCAAUUAUAUGAUUUAAUGCAUGAAUUCGUUAUAACUUAUUAAUAAUAUAUUUGCGGUACAAACUCAAUGUGGCGAAGACCAAAAUAAGAAUAUAAUCCCCACAAUAUUAGAAAUGAUAAAAUUGACUAUCAACUUAUUCAAUCACAUAUUUUUUGUUUUAAGAUUGAUACUCAACUGUUAUGACUCCAGUGUAAGUUAAUAAUCAUAUAUUGAUAAAAUAUGAUUAUUUAAGUUGCUCAUAGCAAAAUACAAUAUUCCCAUUCUUUGCAAUCUAAAAUAAUAAAAUAAUUCUUCUUCACUGAUUCUUGACAUUUAUCGCUGUAUAUGUUAUAUUAUCGUUGUUAUCGUUAUUCGUUAUUUUCUUUCAUAGCAUACUUGAACUUUCUAAAUAGCCUCUGGUAUCUUCUGUAAACGUAAACUUAGGGGAACAACUGCAAGCGAUCACAUCUGGUAUUGACUGGAAUUGAAAUAUGCUUACAGGUAUAAUUGUAUGGCUCCUAGCAACACACUUGAGGGCAGGCUUUGGAUUCCCCAAUUUACCAUCAGCUCCAGACUCUGGGUUGAGAAAAAUAUUGACUCCCACUCCGGGUUAAAUAAUCUCGACUCCAGUUCCAAACUAUGAGAAAAUAGAAUAUCAGGAACGAAAGCUUUUGCGUAUGCAAGCAUAUUUAAUAGAAUUUUGAGAAUACUUGCGAGUGUUAGAAGUCCUUUUUAGAUUGAUUGCAACUUUAGAUUAUAUAUUUCCAUACUUCUUUGUUUGUAAGAUUGACAUUUGACAUGAUCGCAGUUAUAAACAAAACAUAAUGUGCUUCGCAGUUUGUAUUCUAUUGGUAUCUACUUACAUUGAUUGUUUGAUUGAUUCUCUCUCGUUUAAGGAUUUUGAAAGUCAUACCUUGGUAUCAUCCGGGCAUGGGUCAUGUCUGGCAUUUUAAAUUCUUUUACUGAUUCUAUCAUUCCAUUUUCAGUAAUAUUUGUAUAUUUCUAAACUCAAAAUAUCUCUGCAUUAAUCUGUAUGUAUUUUUCGAAAAUUUUCGUUGCCCAAUUACUUUUGUUUCAUUACAAGUUUGUUGGCAGUUUCAUGACAUUAA